AUGAUAUGGAGGGGAUUGGAGCACCUGAAUCACAUGAUUGGGAGGGGAUUGGAGCACCUGAAUCACAUAAUAUGGAGGGGAUUGGAACACCUGAAUCACAUGAUAUGGAGGGGAUUGGAACACCUGAAUCACAUGAUUGGGAUGGGAUUGGAACACCUGAAUCACAUGAUUGGGAGGGCAUUGGAACACCUGAAUCACAUGAUAUGAAGGGGAUUGGAACACCUGAGUCAUAUGAUAUGGAGGGGAUUGGAACACCUGAAUCACAUGAUAUGGAGGGGAUUGGAACACCUGAAUCACAUGAUUGGGAUGGGAUUGGAACACCUGAAUCACAUGAUUGGGAGGGCAUUGGAACACCUGAAUCACAUGAUAUGAAGGGGAUUGGAACACCUGAGUCAUAUGAUAUGGAGGUGAUUGGAACACCUGCAUCACAUGAUAUGGAGGGGAUUGGAGCACCUGAAUCACAUGACAUGGAGGGGAUUGGAACACCUGAAUCACAUGAUAUGGAGGGGAUUGGAACACAUGAAUCACAUGACUGGGAGGGG